AUGAAGUUCCAGCUUUCCGUUGCCGCCCUGGCUGCCGUUGCCUCUGCCGCCUCCGUCGAUGUCAACAAGCGCGCUACUCCCUUGAGCAUCAAGCUCGAGAGCGUUGGCAACUCUGAGGUCAAGAUCGCGGUGACCAACAACGGCGAGAAGGUCCUCAACCUCCUCAGCAAGGGUACUUUCCUCGACGAGGUUGCCCCUGUCGAGAAGGUCCAGGUCUACUCUGCAGCUGGCUCCGCCAAGGUCCCGUUUGAGGGCAUCAAGCUUCGUCUGCUGACUUCCGGUCUGGCCGCUGAUGACUUCGUUGCUCUGAAGGCCGGAGAGACCAAGGAAGUUACUGUUGAGGCUGCCUCUCUCCACUCGCUCAACGAUGGUGGUGAUUUCGAGGUCUUCGCCAGUGGUCUCAUCCCAUACGCCGAGGAGAACUCGACUGAGCUGUCCGGAACCCUCCCAUACGACUCUGAGAAGCUCACCAUCACUGUUGAUGGUGCACAGGCUGCUAAAGUCAACAAGGCUCUGGAUCUGUCAAAGCGUACUUCUGUUCGCUCCAGCUGCACUGGCACCAAGCUUACUGCCAUCCGCACCGCUCUGAGCAACUGCAACAAGCUUGCCACCUCUGCUGCCUCAGCAGCUACCGCUGGCACGAAGCUCACCACCUACUUCAAGUCGACCACUACAGCCACCAAGAACUCUGUCUCUGGUCGUUUGACUGCCGUCGCACGUGAUUGCGCCAGCACUACUGCUACUACCACCACCAACUGUGAUGACCAGUACAGCGGCUGCUCCUCCAACGUUCUGGCCUACACGGUCCCAUCCACCAGCUACAUCACCUACUGCCCCAUCUUCUUCUCCGCCCUCCCAGCUCUUAGCUCCACCUGCCACGCCCAGGACCAGGCCACCACUGUUCUUCACGAGGAGUGCCACGCCAACAGCGUCUACAGCCCUGGUACUGAUGACCUCGGCUACGGCUACAGCGCUGCCACAGCCCUCAGUACCUCUCAGGCUCUGAACAACGCCGACUCCUUCGCUCUGUACGCCAACGCUAUCUACGACACCCCAUCACUCCGCUCCAAACUCCACGGCUUCCCAUGGCGCAUCCUGCUCAUCGUCUCCCUCCUCCCCCUCAGCCUCGCGCCCAUCAUCAUCCUCUCCGCAAUCGCGGAAAUGGCCUCGCAGAACUACAUUCGCGGCCGCUCGUGCUACCCAAACGGACUGUGGAAAGAAGCCGCGGGCGCGACGUGGCGCAUCAUGGACAGCACGUAUUUCUUCACGCCAAACCUUAGUUUCGGGGCCAUGACGUUCACGCAAGUCAAAGUCAUCGAUGUCGCGUGGGAUCUGGUGGUGGGGCGCGGGGGACAGAUGGGGCUUGCGUGGGUCAACUGGGUCGUGUUGAAUGAGUGGCUGACUUGCGCUACAGACGACGAGUUGGACGAUGUUGGGGGUCUCGGCGAAGGAGUUUUUGUGUUUUGGCGGCAGGAGCUGGAGUAG